CACGUGACUGCUCCUGCAGCUGCCUGUCGCCAGCUCCGACACCCCUGUCAGCCAAAACCCACCUAAAGCGUUUUGGGUGAGCUGGAAGUUCCACGAAGUAAGGUAGCCCCGUACCUUCCACUCCGUAAGGUACAAUACCUCACCUUUCCAACCCUCCAGUCUGUCACUUUGGACUGAAUCUGGAUAGCUUCACGACUACGACAGAUCCCACAACAACAAUUGAGGCAUACGAGUUGAUGACCGUUUCGAUAUCCUGAACACCAUCAAGAUGCGUCAAAGCUACGGCAUGGUGCUUUUGGGCACCUUUGUGUCUGCUGCCGCCCCCGUCGCUGCAGCUAGCUUGCCCAGAGGUGUUGGUCCUGAAUUUGCCAAGUUCUUCGAGCUCAAGCCCUCCUUCAAAUGCAUAGGCCACUCCGAGAUCAGAAUUCGCUUCAGCCAGGUCAACGACAACAGCUGCGACUGUCCUGACGGUUCCGAUGAGCCUGGCACCGCUGCCUGCGCGCACCUCGACCCCCUCUCCCCUCAACAGCCCUUCGCUGGCUCCUUGACGGGCACGACCAAUACCUCCAAUGCCCUCCCCGGCUUCUGGUGUGCCAAUGAAGGUCAUAUUGGCGCCUACGUGCCUUUCAUGUUCGUCAACGACGGCCACUGCGACUACGAUGUCUGCUGCGAUGGAAGCGAGGAGUAUAGCAAGGUUGGAGGCCUCAAGUGCGCCAACAAGUGUGCCGAGAUCGGCAAGGAGUACCGUCGCGUCGAGUCCGCGCGCAAGGACGCCAUCGAUAAGGCUGCUAAGAGACGCAAGACGAUGGCCAAGGAGUCUAGAGAGCUCCGCCGCCGCGUCGAGGCCAAGGUGACCAGCCUGAAGGACGAGGUCACAGGUCUCGAGACCCGCAAGGAGGAAUUGGAGCAGAAGCUGCACGAAAUUGAGCGUUCUGAGAAGGGCAAGAUUGUCAAGGGCGAGGGAUCCGGCGGAAAGCUCGGCACCCUGCUCAACCUUGCCAAGACCCGUGUCACUGAGCUCCGUGAGACCCUUGAGGAUGUCGUUGCCCACCGCGAUGAGCUUCAAAGCAAGGUCAAGGAGCUCGAGGGCAUUCUCAGCCGCUUCAAGGAGGAGCAUAACCCCAAUUUCAACGAUGAGGGUGUCAAGCGAGCCGUCAAAGGCUGGGAGGACUACGCUGCCAACCUUGCCAACGACCCGCUGCCCGAUGGUCUCGAGGCCGACAUCAAGGAAGUCCUUGUUGAGGAUGACGAGUCGUCAGGCAUCAACUGGAAGGAGUUUGAGGAGGACGACGUCUCUGACACUGAUAUCCUCUACAACUUCGAGGCCUACCUCCCCGAGGGUAUCCGCGAGUUCAUUCACGGCAAGCUCUUGUCCUUCAGAGUCUGGAUGAUUGAGAACGGCCUGGUUGCUGAUAACAACAACGGCGGCGCCGAGUCUCGCCUAGUCAAGGCUGCCCGCGAGGCAUUCAACUCCGCCAACAAUGAUCUGUCGGACAAGAAGCGCCAGCUGGAGACUGAGCAGAAGGAUCUGGAGAAGGACUACGGCACCGAUGACAUUUUCCGGAUUUUGAGGGACAAGUGCGUCAGCACCGAGAUUGGCGAGUACGAGUACGAGCUCUGCUGGAUGGACAAGACCAACCAGAAGUCGAAGAAGGGCGGCGGUCACACUAACAUGGGUAACUUUGUCCGCAUUGACAAGGAGAUGGCGGACGACGAGGAGCGCGUCGAUGGCAAGAGCCUCGGCAAGGGCCUCCGCAUGGUUAUGCGGUACGAGAACGGCCAGGGUUGCUGGAAUGGCCCUCAGAGACGUACCGACGUCUGGCUGGCCUGCAGUGAGACGGAGGAGCUGUGGAAGGUCACGGAGUCGGAGAAGUGCGUCUACAAGAUGGAGGUGGGCACUCCUGCCGCCUGCGACGAGCUUCUUGAGCCUCCCGCGCCCAAGGGCAAGGAUGAGCUGUAAAGACAGCAGCAGCACGCAACGGGUGUCUAUGAAGAAUUCAGCAUUGGGUCUGCUUAGCUUGGCGUCAGGUUCGUCUGCCUUAGACCGAGUAGAAAGAAUGCAUUAGGAAUGGUCAACACAUUUUU